AUGUCCACAUGCCUCGCGGUCCUCAUUGCUGGACCACUUGGAGAAGUCCUUGGCCUUGAGGCCCAGUUCGAACAUCUUGUCAACCUCAAUGGGCUGGCGACCGUUGAGCUCUGUCUUGCCGCCCAGAUCGCCUGCAUCGGUGUUGUAAAUGACGGGGCCAAACGUCUUUGCGCGGAGGGUGAUGUACGAGACCUCACCGGCGACAACGUUGGAGGUGGGCUAAGCACCUACACCUGCAGCUGCAGCGACGAGCAUCACGCAUAUGCCGAAGUACCUUUCCUCGUUAAGCAUGCAAUCAGAGUCCGGCGCCGGUCAGGCGCGCUCGUCCACGGCAAGCAGCCCCUCCCCGGCGCCGGUGUCGCCCUGCGCACCCUCGUCGACAAGGACAUCCCCUUCAUCCUGCUCACCAACGGCGGCGGCAAGACGGAGGCCGAGCACGCCGCCCUGCUGAGCGAGCGGCUCGGCGGCGUCCCCAUCUCGGAGGGCCAGUUCGGCCAGUCGCACACACCCUUCCGCGCCCUCGUCCCGCGCUACCGGGACGCCACCGUCCUCGCGCUCGGCGGCUGCGGCGACGCCGUCCGCCGCGUGGCGCAGCACUACGGCUUCCGGCACGUCGUCACCACGUCCAACGUCUUCCGGCGCGGGGAUCGCGUCCACCCUUUCCCCGAGAUGACGCGCGCGACUGGUGCCUCGACCUGCAGGUCCUGGUCGACCUCCUGCUCUCGGCCGGCGGCGUUAUGGGCACGCGCUCCCCGCGCAACGGCGACUCCCGCCUGCCCAACUGCGGCUACCAGCAGGACGGCCAGCCGGCGCUGUACUUCUGCAACCCGGACUUCGAGUGGCCGACGCAGCACUCGCACCCGCGCCUCGGGCAGGGCGCCUUCCGCAAGACCUGCGCGGCGUCUGGGCCGGCGCCACGCGCGGGCGCGCGGAGCUGCUGUACGAGGUGUGCGGCAAGCCGACCGAGACGACCCGGUGGCGAUGACGACGGCGACGGGUAUGCCUGUCGGCGGGGAGGAGGAGGCGCCCGAGAUCGAGACGGUGUCCAUGGUCGGCGACAACCCCGAGAGCGACAUCUGCGGCGCCAAUAGCUACAUCUCCGCCCGCGGCGCCGCGUGGAAGAGCAUCCUGGUCGAGAGCGGCGUGCACGGCGUUGGCAGCGAGCCUGCGCAUGAGCCGGACUUUACUGUCGCCGACGUCGGCAAGGCUGUGGCCAUGGUUCUGGAGAUGGGGAGGAAGGAUGUCCGGCAAGAGAAGGACGAGGUUGCGCAUGUUGGCCGGCUUAUUGAUGUGGUGGUGCUGGAGGACAAGGACGAGGCCACAGAGUCGACGGUGACUGUUCGGGAGCUCAGCGAGGGCAAUUCCGAUAGCGACGGCGUCGCCACGCCGCCCGUCCUCACCAUCGAGAUACCAGCCCAUGUAGCUCAGGAUCUCCCGACAGUGGUGACUAUCAUUGACUGA